GCUGCAUAAUAGCGCAGGCUGCAGCUCGGUGUGGGCCUACUUCACGUGUAUGUGGAGCCUGUAUAGGUCGGACUGCUGGGUGUGUGCGAGUGUGUGUGUGCGAGUGUGUGUGUGUGUGUGUGUGUGUGUGAGUGUGUGUGUGUGCGUGCGUGCGUUUGUCAGAUACACUGUAGGCGACUGAGGCGGCAUCAGUUUGGAGCAAGGCAUUUCUCUUUACCCCGACAAACCUUCAGGGGGCUUUUAGCAUUCGCUCAGUCUGCAAGUCUCUGGAAAACAUCUGAUUCAUUUUUUAACCAGUCCCAGAUGCGCCAGUGAGAGUGUGCGCGCGCGUCAGUGUGAGUUUGUCAGUGCGCGAGAAUCUGGGGAGAAUAUCUGCCGCCUAGAGAAGGGGAGGGAGAGAAGGAACCGUGUGGAUUUUCUUUCUCUCUUUUUUUUUUUUAAUAUCCCUUCUUUUUUUUUUUAAGUAUGAACGCAGAUACGUGCGUCUCAUACUGCGAUAUGACAUCGAUGGAUUCAUAUUAUAGCACGGCCGCUGCGCAAGGUAGGGAUCACCAGGCGAACCCGUUCAGGACUUUCCCUACCGCCGAGAACAAAUACAGCCCCACGUUCAUCCCGGGCAAAGGGCAGGCGUACGGAGAGAAGUCCCGCAGCCCCUUCCAGGCGGAGUGCCAGUCGCUGGAUGGCGCCGAGGAGGGCAACUUCAGCAAGUACCAGCUCUUCAUGCAGCGACCGACCUGCAAAACUCCCCCCGAGGGCGGCAAGCUGCACCCGGACGGCGGACACAACGGCUCGCUCAUCGCCUGCUAUGGAAAAGACAACAGCGGCCUGACAGAGUCCGAGUUGCCCCAGAGUGUCGAUCCUCCCGGGAUGGAAGGCAGCUACCUGAACCUUAAGGAGCCUGGCGUGAAGGGGCCGAGCGAGCGGCCGGGCUCCGACCUUUCAAGCCCCCUGGACAAAAGUGAGGCUGAGAGCAACAAAGGAAAGAAGAGACGCAAUCGCACCACAUUCACCAGCUACCAGCUGGAGGAGCUGGAAAAAGUCUUUCAGAAGACACACUACCCAGAUGUUUAUGCCCGUGAGCAGCUGGCACUGAGGACAGACUUGACGGAGGCUCGUGUACAGGUGUGGUUUCAGAAUCGCAGAGCCAAGUGGAGGAAGAGGGAGCGUUUUGGCCAGAUGCAACAGGUCCGAACACACUUCUCUACAGCUUACGAGCUGCCUCUACUGACUCGGCCUGAGAACUAUGCACAGAUCCAGAACCCUUCAUGGAUCGGGAGCAGCAGCGGAGCGUCUCCUGUGCCUGGCUGCGUCGUGCCUUGUGACUCUGUCCCAUCCUGCAUGCCCCCUCACCCUCACGGUCCCGGAGGUGUCUCUGACUUCCUGGGUGUGUCCAGUGCAGGAAGCAGCCACAUGGGACAGACACACAUGGGUAGCCUGUUUGGGGGUCCUGGGAUGGGAGGGGGAAUCAAUGGCUAUGAUCUCAAUGUUGAUCCAGACCGCAAGUCCUCCAGCAUAGCUGCGCUGCGUAUGAAGGCCAAGGAACACAGUGCAGCCAUCUCUUGGGCUACAUGAUGUCCCAGCCCCAGUUCCACCCUACCCCCAUAGGGCCCCCUUCUCCGGAGCAGCCAUCAGCCAGCGCUGUGAGGGAGGAGGGACUUUUCCUGAGAGCACUAAUGAUAACACAGGUCAAAUGAACAGGGAGAGACCGUGGAGAUAACAGAGGCCAUUACAGCGGCCAAAGCAACCAAGAUAACAACUGUGACAAUCAGCAGAUGCUGAAAGUGAGAGAAAUACAGAGGUGUGACUAAGACGAAGACGAUGAGUUCAUUCUUGAUCUCUCAGGUCUCAUUGUGCUUGUUCCCUGAUAAACCGGGUAUCAUUAAAAUUCGUGACAGGUUUAAGUAAAACAAGCAAUAUAAUAUAUAUGGUUUACAAAAUACCUUCAUAGGAUACAGGAAUUCAGUGCCAAAUCCAGCCAUAUCAUACAGUAUUUUCAUUUACAAAGUUAAGCUUGAUUCAUACUAUUUGCUUCAUUUAGCGUUUUUAUUUUUACCACCCAUCCUGCCCCACUCACAGUUUGUGCUGUUUUUGUGCGAGUUCAAAUACAUUUCUGAGCGUUCAGUAUUUUCAUUUUAAAAGCCAUUUCAGAAACAAGGUAACUCCAUUAAAGCAACAUAUAAACAUGCUUCUUUUCUGUCACUUCCAAGUGCAAAGUGUCCAUUAAAGCAAAAACAAUAAUUGGUUAUAAAAGCAAACAUUAAUUUUGUAUUUGCCUGCAGUGGGUUGUUUAUGUCCCUGCAAAGUAAGACAGAGGUUGAAUGCAAUAAGCGAACAGAGUCUAAUUGAGCAAGAGCAGACAUAGCCUGUGCCAGUUUAGUCUGGGAGGAGGGCAGUCACUGGAUUGGCAGCAAUUUCAAACCAACAUGUCAUUUCCUCCCCCAGGGCUGCCUCCACAGGUUCCCCUGCUAGGCUCAGGCCUCAGGUUACAGGAAACAGUGUGUCCACUGGCAGACGGGGCGCAGCAACGCACAGCAGCAGCCGUCAACACCAACUAACCGCGCCAACUUCAAUCAGCGACUAACGGGAACAGAUACACUUAAUUAGCAUCAAAGUGAGCUUCGCUGCCCCGUGAACACCAAAGUACAUCACAGUGUACACGGUGAAGACAAACUGCACACAAGCUGUAAUAAUCAAUUCACCCACAGGCGUGUGUUCGGCAGAAAUGACCCUUUGAUUCGGUGCGUGCUCGCAGAGUCCGUCAAAUGCCAGAGACUGCAGGCCAAAUCAGUGGCCCUCAUCGUCCCGAGGAGCAUUCUGUAAUGUUUAGGUAAUGUGAUGACAUUAGAGCAGGGCUGCAGGAAUGUGGUGAGUAUGUCCAGUGAUUGCAGGGGUGUCUUUGUGUAUUACCCCGCUGGAAUAAACUUGUCACCAGAGCCGGGCUGCAGCCUGAGGCUAGAGACAGGCUUCGUUAGUUUUUUUGGCAGAUCUCUCAAUGACGCCCGCUGGACUACAGAUCCAUUUUCUUUCCCCUGUGUGGAUGAUGGCAGGAAGGUCUGGCUCUGCUCCUCAUUCCGGUUGAUCAUUGUAACAUAUGAGUGCCCACUACAGCUGCCCUAUUUGAGAAUGGGACUGCAACUAACAAGUUUUUUCAUGACUAUUAAUCCACGGAUUAUUUGCUCAAUUAGGCUAUAUAAUAGUUUGGCCUAUAAAAUGCCAGGAAAUAAACGAGCCAUGACUCCACUCAGUUUGAAUUCAUUUCGAUUUUGUUUUAUGUGAGGACCGAAAUUUCAAGAUAAAAUCAGGAUCUAGUCAAAAUAAAUUUAUACACGUGUGACUGAAUUCCUACUUUGUCGCGUUGACUGUGUGUUGGUCCUCUCGCUGGUCCUCCCUCAAAGCUCCACUCCUCUGCAGCUCCGUCCACAUUGAUACUACUGAAAUGAAGCAAUUAAAAUUCAUGGUUAUAAUGUCGUAUUGUGCGAAUGUGAACAAUAUAAAUGAUAUUUUUCUUUUGCUUGUACAUUUGUCUAGCUUAUUUGUCAAAUAAAGAACCUCCAGAAAUAAGCCAAUGAAGUAUUACAGUAAUAUUGCCAAGAAGUGUAAAAUUAUGUUAUGUGUGUUAUUCUGAAGAGUUGCUCUGGACUUUUACCAAGGUUGAAAUUGCUUUCUAAUUUUCUUAUUGCUUCAAGCAGCUUUUUGUAUAUUAAUCAAGUAUUUCUACUUCUGAUUGUGACUCUAUAUAAUAUGCUGUUGCAAUAAGUUAUUGCACUUACAGUUUAAGUUGUUUUGUUUUUUUACUUUCAAUGGGACAGUAGUGUCUUUGCUUCGGGUUCUGGGUCCCAACAGUCAAGAACUGUCUCCUAAGUCCGUCCACACCAAGAACAGUAUCGCUGAGAUCUGUUUAAGGUGCCAUCCAUUUGUUUGUACAGAAGUAACUUGCUGUUUCCGUUGAUGAAGGUUUUGAAGUGAUUUUGAAAUAAAUGAAUCUCAAAUGGUU